AUGUCGCCUUUCGUGAAGUCGUAUCUGUUUGCUUACAAUUUUCUCCAAGCUUCAGCAUGGACGAUUUCGCUUCUGAGUAUCGUCAACAGCGUUCCGUCGAACAAUACAAUCAAUGUCGCUUACUCUUCUGCUGGAUAUUUGAUAAGUGUGAUGCAAACUGCUUCUUUUCUUGAAGUUCUUCAUGGAGCCAUUGGAAUUGUCCCGAGUGGAUUCUUGUCUCCACUGAUGCAGUGGAGUGGAAGAACACACUUCAUUUUGGCUAUUGUUGGACAGAUCAAAGAGGUCCAGGAUUCGCCGUGGUUGUCAAUAACACUUGUAGCUUGGUGUAUCGGCGAAAUGAUCAGAUACCCUCACUAUGCUUUAACUUGCCUCGGUACAUGUCCCUAUUGGCUAAUCUAUCUCAGGUACACAGGAUUCAUCAUCAUCUAUCCAACGGGGCUAACGGGUGAAUUGAUGAUCAUGUACAAAGCGCUUCCACUUGUUAAAGAAAGGAAUCUCUAUGCAAAUUUCUUCUCUGUUUUCCCCUUCAGUUACUACAGUUUCCUUUGGGGCGUCCUCUUGGUAUACCCGUUCCUUUGGUUGAAGCUUUAUCUGCAGCUGUUCAAACAAAGAAAGUCCAAGCUUGGCAAAGCAGGCAAGCAUCACGGCAAGAGAAAGAGAACGUGA